CACGGUCUAUAGAGAGAGAGAGAGAGAAAGAAGACAGAGAGUAGUUCUAGUUGGUGAGUCUCCCUCUCAAAUUCUCCUACUCACCAUCUCCUCCAACCAUCUUCUUUGCCCCUCUUCCAACUCCAAACUCUCUCACCCAUUAGACACAGAAUUCUAUUCUUUCUAGAGAGGCAAAGUCUUUGACAAAAUACGUAUCUUUUUAUCCUUCUAUAUUUGCUUCUCUGUUCUACUUCUCCUGUUUUAUUUGUUAAGUUCUGCUUCUUCUGUUCUGUCUCAACAUAAGGAAACCCAGAGAGAGAGAGAGAGAGUGUGUGUGUGUGUGUGUGUGUAUAAAGCUAAUUUUUAUAUUUCUUGCCAUUUACAAGGUCGAUUGGUGUUAUAUUGAGAGGAGGACAUGGUUAUUCGGAUCUGUUUCUGAGUUUCUUGAUCCGAGUUGACUCAGAAUUCGCAAAUGGUUCUCUGUUGUUUAUCUUCACUCUUGAUUGAUUAAAGAAAACAAGACCGCAAUGUCUUGGAAGAGCAAAGGAGCAGAGUCAAACUCAAAGAGUGUUUUGUCUCGAAAAUUGACUCUUCUGCUGUGUAUUGGAUGCUUCUGUGUUGGAAUGCUCUUCUCUGACAGGAUGUGGACUGUGCCAGAAGUUAAAGGCAUGCCACGGAGAACGGGGAUCGAACAUAAAAUGCUAAAGUUUGCCUUGGAGGACUGCGAUCCAAGAAUAAAGGAUGAAAAGAAAGAGUCAAAGGACAUAUUAGUAGAAGUUUCAAAGACACAUUAUGCCAUACAAACACUUGAUAAAACAAUCUCCCAUUUGGAGAUGGAAUUAGCUGCUGCAAGGGCUGCACAAGAUUCUAUUCUUAGCGGUUCUCCCAUAUCCGAAGACUUGAGGAUUACAGAACCUCAUAGGAAAAGAAAAUAUCUAAUGGUCAUAGGUGUUAACACUGCUUUUAGCAGCCGAAAGAGAAGAGACUCAGUCCGUGCUACUUGGAUGCCACAAGGUGAUAAACGAAAGAAACUUGAGGAAGAAAAGGGUAUCAUAAUUCGAUUUGUGAUAGGUCACAGGAUUUUAAAGCAUUUUGGCGAGGCACAAGAUUACUCUGUUGUUCUCCUUUCUUGGCUUUCUGUAUGUUUCAUGGUUGGACUAGCGAGCCCAAUUGCUACGUCAGGUGGUAUUCUUGAUAGAGCUAUUGAAGCAGAGGAAAAAAAGCAUGGAGACAUCUUGAGGCUGGAACAUGUUGAGGGGUACCUUGAACUGUCAGCCAAGACGAAGAUAUAUUUUACCACAGCUGUUGCUCAAUGGGAUGCGGAUUUCUAUGUAAAAGUUGAUGAUGAUGUUCAUGUAAAUAUAGCAACACUAGGAGCAACUUUAAUGAGGCAUCAGUCAAAACCCCGGGUGUAUAUUGGAUGCAUGAAGUCUGGUCCUGUUCUUGCUCAAAAGGGAGUAAGAUAUCACGAACCCGAGUACUGGAAAUUUGGUGAAGGGGGAAACAAGUAUUUCCGUCACGCUACAGGGCAACUUUAUGCUAUUUCGAAAGAUUUGGCUUCCUAUAUAUCAAUAAACCAGCAUGUGCUACACAAGUAUGCUAAUGAGGAUGUUUCCUUGGGAUCUUGGUUUAUUGGUUUGGAUGUGGAGCAUAUAGAUGACAGGAGAUUAUGUUGCGGAACCCCACCCGGUAAUGAUUGCGAGUGGAAAGCUCAGGCAGGCAACAUCUGUGUUGCUUCCUUUGAUUGGAGCUGCAGUGGGAUUUGCAAGUCUGCUGAGAGGAUCAAGGAGGUUCAUCGACGUUGUGGGGAAGGCGAAAAUGCCUUGUGGAGUGCCGCUUUCUGAGGGGCAGCAUGUCUUCCAACCUCUGGAGGAAGCAAGACAAUCCACGAGCUUGUGUCAGCGGUUAUGAUAGUAGAGAAUUGUACCAUCAAACUGUAAAAUGUGUAAUAGAGAGAGAGAGAGAGAGAGAGUGCUGAUGGGAUUCUUCUCCAUUUUAGCAGAAGAGAGAGAGAGCCUUAACAGCAACAAAUUAGUCUGAGAGAACCAUUUUUUAGAAGUCUAUUAUAUGAAGACUUGAGUGUCAUAAUAAAGUGCCAAUCCUUUUGGCUAAGCAUUUGCUGCUUUUUGCUUC